AUGAGUUAUUCCUACCUUCUCCCGUUAUCUUAUAAAGAGGAUAUAAAAGCUUGGUUAAAAGAAGAUGUGCCAUCUUUCGACUAUGGAGGAUUUGUUGUUGGGAAUACUCUCGAAAAUGCUAUUCUAUAUGGAAAAUCACCUGGUGUUUUAGCUGGUGUUCCCUUUUUCAAUGAAGUUUUUAGUCAGUUAAAUUGCAGUGUUGAUUGGUUUUUGGAAGAAGGGGAAUGUUUUGAACCAGUAAAAGAGAUUGCUCAUGUUACUGGUAGAGCGUGUGACAUAUUAUUGGGUGAACGUACUGCAUUAAAUAUUCUUGCGAGAUGCAGCGGUAUUGCAAGAAGAAGUAAAAGAUGUAUAACUCUCAAGGAAACACAUAAAUUUCAAGGAAUAAUUGCAGGAACUAGAAAGACAACACCAGGUUUUCGAUUGGUUGAAAAAUAUGGCAUGUUAGUUGGAGGUGUUGAUACUCAUCGCAUGGAUCUUUCUUCCAUGAUAAUGUUAAAAGAUAAUCACGUUUGGAGUCAAGGUUCAAUAACAAAGGCUGUUCUGAAGGCAAGAGAAGUUGGUGGAUUCUCACUUAAGAUUGAGGUUGAAUGUAGAACAGAAGAGGAGGCAAAUGAAGCAAUUCAAGUUGGUGCUGAUAUUAUUAUGCUUGACAAUUUAAAAGGGGACGAUUUGAAAUCUACAGCUAAAUCUUUGAAAGAAAAAUGGACUGGAAAAUCUUUUUUAUUAGAAUCUAGUGGUGGUAUUACUGAACAUAAUAUUACUGAUUAUUUUUGCCCUGAUAUUGAUGUUUUAAGUCUGGGAAGUUUAUCUCAAGGAGUUCCUCAUGUUGAUUUCUCACUAAAAAUUAAAAAGCCAUCGAUAUAA